CAUUCUCUCAUAAGUCAUAAGUUAUCUGAAGAAGGGUUGACUCAGUCAUCCAAAAACUACUUUAAAUUCUGGCCCAAACCUCAAGUUCCUCCAUUCUCCAUCGCUUCCUCCUUUUACUCGUGCUCACAAAGAAACAAUACCUACAAGACCAAGCUGUUUAUUCCUUCAACUACUAUCAUAUAACACUUUGAUAACAGACAAAAGAAUGAGAUACCCAUCUCUUAGCCUCGUUGGAGAAGACAACAUUCUACUCCUCACGAUCUUGUUCCUCAGUUGCAUAGCCAUUCAGGUUAACUUGUGUCUUUCGAGUAUCCCUUCACCACUGAAAGCACUUUCCCUUGGGGGCCAUUUGAACUUUGAUGAAGCUAGCCUUAGCCAUGCAGCGAGGGACUUUGGGAACAGGUACCAAUAUCAUCCAAUGGCAGUGCUGCAUCCAGAAUCAGUUUCUGAUAUUGCGGCCACCAUAAAGCAUAUAUGGUUGAUGGGUCCCAGUUCACAGCUCACAGUUGCAGCAAGGGGCCACGGCCAUUCACUCCAGGGCCAAGCACAAACUCAUGGAGGAGUUGUUAUCAACAUGGAAUCACUAAAAGUCCCAGAAAUGCAGGUACAUGUGGGAAAUUCUCCGUACGUAGAUGUCUCAGGUGGAGAGUUGUGGAUAAACAUUCUGCAUGAGACUCUAAGGUACGGGUUGGCUCCAAGAUCUUGGACUGAUUACCUACAUCUCACGGUUGGUGGCACUCUCUCCAACGCUGGUGUCAGUGGACAAGCAUUUAGGCAUGGUCCCCAGAUAAGCAAUGUUCAGCAACUGGAGAUUGUUACAGGAACAGGGGAGGUGGUAAACUGUUCCGCGGAGCAAAAUGAGGAACUCUUUCACAGUGUUCUUGGAGGGCUUGGCCAGUUUGGCAUUAUAACCCGCGCAAGAAUUAUCCUUGAACCUGCACCUGCCAUGGUAAAAUGGAUUAGAGUGCUGUACUCAGAUUUCACAGAAUUCAUAAGGGACCAAGAGCGAUUAAUAUCUGAAGAAAACACGUUUGAUUACAUUGAAGGAUUUGUUAUAAUAAACAGAACUGGCCUGCUAAAUAAUUGGAGAUUAUCGUUCAACCCACAAGACCCAGUUCAGGCUAGUCAGUUCAAGUCUGAUGGAAGAACUCUCUUCUGUCUUGAAUUAGCCAAAUACUUCAACUUGGAAGUAAACCAUGCAGUAAGCCAGCAAGUUGAGAAACAUUUGUCCCGUUUAAGCUACAUCCCAUCAACCCUUUUUUCAACAGAAGUCACACUCGUAGAUUUCUUAGACAGGGUGCAUGUAUCCGAGGUCAAAUUGCGUUCAAAAGGGUUGUGGGAUGUUCCACACCCUUGGCUCAAUCUUCUAAUACCCAAAAGCAAAAUACACAACUUUGCUGAAGUAAUCUUCGGGAAUAUCCUAACAGAAACAAGCAAUGGCCCCGUCCUUAUCUACCCAGUAAAUAAAUCAAAGUGGGACAACAGAACUUCUGUGGUUAUUCCAAAUGAAGAUGUUUUCUAUUUAGUGGCAUUUCUUACAUCUGCAGUACCUUCUUCCAAUGGGACUGAUGGGCUUCAACACAUACUAAAUCAGAACAAAAGAAUCUUAGAAUUCUGUGAAAGAGCCCAUCUUGGAGUGAAGCAAUAUUUGCCCCACUACAAUACACAGCAAGAAUGGCGGGCCCAUUUUGGGCCUCAGUGGGAGACUUUUCUGCAAAGAAAAUCUUCUUAUGACCCAUUGGCAAUACUCGCCCCAGGCCUACGUAUAUUUCAAAAAGCAAUAACCUUCUCAUGACCACACCCUCCACAUUUUAUUAUUAAUAAAUCUGAAAAUGAUAAGUCCCUCAUGACACACACACAUAUAUAUGGGAAAAUGAAAAUUGUUUUAUGCUAAGACUUGUUUGGACACAGACCAUACAGAACGCAAAGGAGGGUUAUUGAAUAUUGGUAGUAGAGAAAAAAAAAAGGAGAAAAAGAGAUUACAUAUUGAUGAAUGGUGAGAUUUGUAUUCUUGGCAGGUCA